AGGUGCGCUGUGUCCCUCGGACACAGCGGAUCACCGAUCCAUGGAAAGAGCCGAAGAUGUCGGCUCGGUCAUGUGAUCAGCUGUGUCAAAUCACAGCUGAUCACAUGGGACAUCUACACUGAUCAUCAGAGCACUGAUGAUCAGUGUGCCCUGAUGACCAGUGUAGCCCCAGCAGUGCCACCUGUCAGUGUCCAUCAGUGCCAGCUGUCAGUGCUCAUCAGUGCCACGUGCCAGUGCCCAUCAGUGCCACAUCAAUGCCACAUAUCAGUGCCUACCAGUGCACAUCAAUGCCACAUAUCAGUGCCCAUCUGAGCUGCCUUUCAGUGUCACCCAUCAGUGCCACCUAUCAAUGCCAAUCAGUGCCACCUAUCAGUGCUGCCAAUCAGUGCCACCUAUCAGUGCCAGUCAGUGCUGCCUAUCAGUGCCCAUCAUUGCUGCCU